AUGACGAACAGCUGCAUCGCUCCAGACCCAUCUUUCAAGCCCCCCAACCCUGUGCCCACUUGCGUCGAUGAUACUGAUCCUCGCCUCCUUCACCAAUUCCAAUCCGCCCCCCUCAACAUCCUCAUAGAGCCUCACGACUCACGAGGCUCAAAGUUGUAA